UCGGGCCAGUCUUUUAUACCCAACCGUAUAAAAUGGCCGAAACAACAGAAGUGGAGAAGGGAAUGUCAAUUUUUCUCGAUGUGUUCAGAAGAGCUGACAAGAAAGAUGAUGGGAAGAUAUCUUGGGAAGAGUUUGUGGCCUUUUUUGCUGAUGGCGUUAUGGGGAAGGAAGAGUUGCGAGCCUUGUUUGAAGAAAUAGAUACCCACAAAACAAAUUAUAUUGAUCCAAAAGAGCUAUGUGACUACUUUGCCACACAUCUUGGCUCAUUCAAAGAGAUCUUAAGCCUCAUAGAAGACCUUAACACAAAGGUUAGCAACGUCCUGGUGUCAACAUCUCAGAAAUACCCAGCCAGCUCUCGCUCUCAACAGUUUGUCACCCGUUUUUUGAUGGGACUCAUUAUGAAUCAGGUCAGCGCACUGCAGGGACCGCUUGAUGCCGCAACAGAGUCGCUUGAACUUCAGGCCCGUGAAUCUAGCUCCAGUAUUGUACCUGUACAGGCUGGGGAUGUAAAGGAGAAAAAGGAGGGGGCCAUAGUGCCUGGACGUGUCAUGCGCCGAGCAAAACACCAGACCAGUUCACAGACCAGCUAUGAAGGAUCCCAGGGCUUGGCUAGUACCCGCACAGCACUGGAAGACCAAGUGGAUAGGCUGGCUUCUCUAGUGGACAGGAUGGAGAAGCGGAUAAACCUAGAUGGGGUUGUGGAUGAGGAAGUUGAUGUCAGCAAUGACCAAACCGUAUGGCUGACUCAGCUGGACAUAAAGGUAAAAGAAGGGCAGGAUUCGGCAUACCGUGAUGCUCUACGCAGCUACAUUGAGGCCACCAAUGCUGCCAAAGGGUGUCUCAGUGUGACAGUAAGGAGUUUCAAGGACACGAGAAUGUACUCGAUGUAUGAAGUAUGGACCAAUGCGGUGCUCAAAGAAGUCCAUAACCAGACUGAGAAAGCCAAAAAGUUUACUGGGGACAUUGUAGCUCUGUCAGACGAGCGUAUCGACAGCGCUGUGUGCUUGCCGGCAAGCUGGUGGAAAAGAGAUUAGGGUCCAACAUGAUACAACAUGCCCUGUACAUCGGUUGUCUGAAAAAUCUGAUGGCUUUUUUAUGAAUUUUGAUAAAAGCACCUUAACUGAUAGUUAUCCUAUGUUAUUGAUGUCAAAAAUAGUACACCUCUGUAGAAUUAUAUGAGUCUCUGUGUUAAAAAUGACAUAUAUUUUUAUUUGAAUUUUCAUUAGUUAUUGGUGUCAGUGUUGGUUUGUAUACUUUAUACUACAUUUUUAUAAAUAUAGUCAUAUUG